AUGCCAGGCCAGUUUCACGCUUUCGUUUAUUCCAUCCUGGCGCUGCUGGCGGUGGGCUGCAUCCAGACGCUCCGACAAUGGCGAUGGAAAAGAUUCCAGCAGUUCUCUCAUGUUCCCCAAGCUGGGAAACCCUCGUUCUUGCGGGGACACAGGAAGGUCCUUGAUAGUCUCUUCCGCAAAGGUGAUCCGCGGAGACAUGUUGACCAAGUCAUGAUCGAUACGUGCAAAGAUAUUGGCAACCCCCCUGUGUUGCUUUUUGAUCUCCGGCCGAUGAUUCCUCCAAUGCUAAUGAUAUUCGACUGGGAGGUGGCCGAGCAAAUCACAAAGUCCUCCCCGACGUGGAAUAGCAGCUGUCCCAAGUCGCCGACCAUGCGGCCGAUAUAUCACCUGACGGGAAAGCGAUCAAUUUUAGUCUCUAAUGGCGAAGAAUGGAGGCAACAAAGGCGGAAGCUCAAUCCCGGAUUCGCUCCUCAACACUUGAUGACACUCUUGCCAACGAUACUUGACAAGACCAUGGUCUUCCUCCAACGUCUUGAUGGCUUUUGUGAGACUGGCGAAGAAUUCCGCAUGGACGAGAUUUGCGGAGCACUCACAUUCGACAUCAUCGGUGCCGUUUCCAUGGGAUUGGAAUUGAAAGCACAGGUUCCAGGCCAGCAUCAUGAGAUCGUGCCUGCUUUCCAACGGCUCCUGGGAGAAUACGUCAACUACAGACGCCGAAACAUACCGUUUCUGAACUGGAGUAACGAGCGACGUCGCCGCCAGUACGGGAGCGAGCUGGACAGGCUGGUGAAAGACAUCAUUCGGGAAAGCUACGGUCGGAUCAUCUCCAACAAAGCGAGAUCUCGCGACGUGCUCGCUCUCAGUCUAGAGGGAACCGAAGAGCUCACCCCGGAGCUCCUACAGGUGACGAGCGACAACUUACGUUCGUUUCUGUUCGCCGGCCACGACACGACCAGCAUUCUCUUGCAAUGGGCCAUCUACGAACUGUCAAGGUCUCCGCGACAACUCCAGUCUCUCUGCGCAGAGCUCGAGGAACUGCUGGGCAGCGACACGGAUCCCGCCGCGACGAGGGAGAAGCUUCUUCGUCAGCCGGACAUUUUGAACCAGAUGCCAUACACUGCAGCCGUGAUCAAGGAAACACUGCGUCUGUACCCGCCGGCGGGCUCGGUGCGCAUGUCUCCUCCGGGAACCGGCUUUCAGCUGAGACUCCCCAACGGAGAGUACGUGGCGGCCGAUGGGGUCUCCAUGAUGAUCUCCCCGGGUCAGCUACAGAGGGAUCCGUCCGUUUACGGGGAGACGGCACACGAUUUCCUGCCCGAGAGGUGGCUCAACGACGCAUCCAGCAUACCGGCCGGUGCCUGGAGGCCUUUCGAGAGGGGCCCGAGGGGCUGCAUCGGGCAGGAACUUACGAACAUUGAAGCCAAAAUCAUUCUGGUGUGCGUGGCGCGUCGGUACAGCUUCGUCAAAGUUGGGCUUGGAGAGCUGGAGUUGGAUGAGAAGGGGAGUCCGAUAACGGACGAACGAGGGUACUUCAAGACCAAGUCCACUCUUUUCAAUAGCACUCAGAUCAUCGCCAAACCUGUGGACCGCACAGUGAUGAAAGUUAGGUUCAGGCAGUGUUAGAACUGUAUAUGCAGCGAACUUCCACCAUUUUUUAGGCAUCAGAAAGCCGUCCACGACGGCUUUUUACUCGCACCGUUGGUUUUCUUUCGAGAAAGGUAUCAAUAAACGGGCAAUUUAUCAAGUGGCAUAGCAUAUUAGGGCUAC